AUGGCUAUGAAUGCACUCCAGAAGAAGGCAAACGUGAGUAUUGACUGCAAGACAUGUGUACGAUUGCCGCCCGAAGUGAACCGUAUAUUAUAUGUGCGAAACCUUCCCUAUAAGAUCACUCCCGAAGAGAUGUACGACAUCUUCGGUAAAUACGGUGCCAUUAGACAGAUCCGGCUUGGUAACACAUCGGAGACAAAAGGCACGGCUUUUGUGGUAUACGAAGACAUUUUUGACGCUAAGAACGCGUGCGACCACUUGUCUGGCUUUAAUGUCUGCAAUCGCUAUCUCGUUGUCCUCUACUAUCAGACCAAUCGUACCUAAAGUCGACGGUCAGAGUCACGAGUGGUCACCGAUUGGUACCAAAUAUAAGAC